AUCAUGGAGUUCUUCACUUGGUGCAUGGCCUACCCAUGUCCCUAUGGACCUUGCAACCCUUCCGAGGUAGAAGAGUGGCAGAGAGAAUGCGAGGCCAUACAUGAGAAGCGUCGUCAACAGAAGGAGUUGAAGAGAGCAGCAAAGUGCAAAGCUCUUGGGCCUCCCACUCGUCCACCUCCAAAAUAUUCCGCCCUUCCAUGUCGUCUAUCUCGUUACUCAUUGUCUUGCCCAUUCUGCCACUUGCGUGAUCUGAAGUCAAUACUAAGACAAUGGGUUCUCCAACAGAGAAAGCCAUACUCGGCUGUGUCGGUGCAGAUUGAUCGCAUGACCAGCGAGCAGUACGAGGAAGACGAUCUCAGUGGCAUUAUUGAUCUGGUCGAGGUCAUUCGCAUCCAAUCUUCCGGUCCUACCGAAGCUGCCAGAGCUAUUCGUAAGAAGCUGGCUCUCAACAUUCUGGAUGGUCUGAUCCAAAACGCGGGAAACCGCUUCCAGAAGACUUUUGCCGACGAGCCUUUGCUUGAGCGUCUCCGACUUAUGGUCAGGGAUGACAUGGUUGAUCUUGAGGUACGCAACAAGUGCAACGUGCUCUACCGUCAAUGGGCUGUGGCCUACAAGGAUACUCCUGGUCUUCAUAAUAUCGCCACUCUCUACAAACAAUUACCUCAGAAGCCUCGCCCUCGUCACAGUCAGGCACAAUCCAAGGUUCUCCGUGAGACGGAAGAGGACGCUCAUGAGGAUCCCUCGCCUACUCCUCCAUCUGCACCUUCCCGUGGACACUCUCGGUCAAGCUCUGCUGUCAACGCCUCAGCCUCGAGCUCUCGCCCAGUCACACUUACGCCAACACCCCAUUACUCUAUCCGUGAUGCCGUCAAGGCAUCCACGAGGAAGAAGGACAAGAACGCCGCUCCCACGAAAUUCGACUUCGCAAAGGAAAAGCCAAACAUGAUUCAGAGUAUAGCUCAAGCCUCCAUCGCUUCCACCAACCUUUUGAAUGCUCUGCAGCUUAUCAACCGCGAAAAUGAGCGUGUCUCUGAGAACGUUGAAGUCUUGAACCGUUUUGAGGUCUGCAAGUUACUCAGAAGAAACAUCUUGAGGUACAUUCAAUUGGUAGAAAGCGAUGAGUGGAUUGGAAGUCUGUUGUCUGCGAACGACGAGUUGGUCAAAGCACUCACGAGCUACGAGAUCAUGGAUAGAUCACUUGACGACGACAGCGACAGUGAUGCUUGGGAACACAUGCCUGAUCAUAAAUCUCACGCCACUGGUGCUGAAUCGCAGCUUGCUGGACUCAAGAUUGAUGGAGAUGGAGCAGCAGCACCACCAAAGCCACCUCGUCCCACUAACAUCGCCAUGCCCACCAAACCUGAUUUCGGCAAGGCUGGAGCAGAGGAGAGCGAUGACAGCGAGAACGAAUACGAGGAAGACGACGAGGACAAUCCAUUCGGAGACUCCAAUGCGGUCAAGACACCUCAUGGGGAGAGACCUGGCAUGACCUGGAAGAACGUCUAG